AUGACCGCCGAAGUCGAUGGCCUCGUCGCCGCAGCCGGCCAGUUUGUCGACGAGAGUAUCAAGAUCUACCAACUCUGCAAAAGGUUACGACAAAUCUGA